AUGCAAUUUGACGUGAAAGCGGGUAUAGUUAAAAUUGAAAGUCCAAUGGGCAUACAAAUCCCCACCACAAUGAAGUCCAUGUCCGCCACACCUAUUGGGCCGAAAGCCCCAACCUCCUCCUCCACCACCAAUCUCACGGUGGCGUUCACCACGCCGCCCAACUACGCCGGCAGACUAUCUCAGCUCAUCGCCCUCCAAGGCUUCAAUCCACUGUGGUGCCCCACACUCGUCGUCCAGUACACCCUUGACACCCUCUCCGCCCUCAAACCCUAUCUCUCCCCCAAAUCACUCGAUUCCUUCUCCGCCGUCGCUUUCACUUCCCGCACCGGAAUCUCCGCAUUUUCGGAAGCCAUCGCCGCCCUUGACCAACCCCCUUUAUCGCCUUCCGGCGAAGAUUUCAUCAUUGCCGCCCUCGGCAAGGACUCAGAGCUUAUCAACAACGAAUUCGUAGCUAAGCUCUGCGAAAAUGACGGUCGGGUUAAGGUUCUGGUCCCUCCGAUCGCGACGCCGAGGAGCCUAGUGACUUCCCUCGGGGAUGGGCGUAACCGGAGGAUUCUCUGUCCGGUUCCAGUCGUUGUGGAUCUUGAGGAACCUCCGGUGGUGCCAGACUUUCUCCAGGACCUUGAGUCCGCCAUGUGGGUCCCGGUUCGGGUCGGGGCGUACGAGACGCGGUGGGCGGGUCGGGAGUGCGCGAAGGAAGUGGCGGAGAGGAUCGAGAAGGGAGAAAUGGAGGCAAUCGUGUUUACGAGCACGGCGGAGGUCGAGGGUUUGUUGAAGAGCUUGAAGGAGUUUGGUUUGGACUGGAGAGAAGUGAAGAAAAAGUGUCCAAAUAUGGUGGCGGCGGCUCACGGGCCGGUCACAGAGGCCGGCGCCAAGAGGCUUGGUGUUGAAAUUGACUUGGUUGGUGCUAAGUUUGAGAGCUUCGAUGGUGUUGUUAACGCUCUUCGCCUGAGAUUGCUUGUUUCAGCCCAUUAG